AUGUCACCGCCGACUGGAGCUCGUCUCGCGUAUGUGAUUCUGUACGUGGAAGACAUCGAUGCAGCGGUGAAGUUUUACAAGGACGUGUUUAUGUUCGAUGUGAGGCGCGUGGACAACAGCAGAAGAUGGGCUGAAUUGGAGACUGGGUCAACAACUCUGGCGUUUACCCCGCUAGAGCAAAGGGAGACGAAGAUCACAGGUGGCGUGCAUGCGCCUGAGGAGCAGGAGCAGCGGCAGAACGUGGAGAUAAGCAUAAGCAGAGCCCUGAAGGCGGGUGCAAAGGAAGUUGCCAAACCAGAGCCCAAGGAGUGGGGCCAGACCGUGGGGUACCUUCGUGACCCCUUUGGCAUCACUGUUCGGCUUGGCUCACACCUAUCCUCUUCAUAA